CAACAAUUCAAUGUUCUGCGAUAAUCUGUCAACUAGAAUCACACACCCAUAAGCACUACCACUCUCCCUUUAAACACUGAAGGCAAUGUACCGCCUUACCCUGCGACACCUCGCCGCGCCGGCGCGUCGCCAUCUGCCAUCGCUCGCGCCGUCGGCCAGCGUCCUGCGCGCCGCCACCCGCGCGUACGCGACGCCGAGCGGCAACCCCCGGCCGUCGAGCAACACGCCGACACCGUCCGGCCUCGAGUCGGUCUUUGGCGGAAAGAAGGGCGGCGUGAGCCGGCCAGCCGCUGGCGGCCCCGCGAAGAACGCCGAGUCUAGCCGCGAUGGCAAGGAGGACCACAAGGAGUUUGAGGAGGAGAAGGAGGAGGAGGGCGAGAGCCUGCGGGAUCGCCGCCCCCGUCUGAGCGAUGAGCUCUCGGGCCAUGGCAAGAAGCGCUCCGUGUCGUCUGGAUCUGGCGGUGGUAGCGGCGGCGGCGGCGGCGGCCCAGGAGGAAAGGAAGGCGGCGGUGGACCGGGUGGCCAGAACAACAGCCCCCUCGGCGGCAUGACACCAAACCAGCUCCUCCUGGCUGCUAUCUCAACAUAUGCUCUCUACUCCCUCACCCAGCCCGGCGACAACCGCACUCGUGAAAUCACAUGGCAGGAGUUCCGCAACUCGCUGCUCGCCCGCGGUCUCGUGUCGUCGCUCGAGGUUGUGAACCGUACCAAGGUCCGCGUUCACCUGCACAACCCCAUCCCAUCUUCUUCGUCGUCGACUGGCUCGACGUCGUCCGGCAACCAGUCGCUGCCUUCGCCCGCCCACGGCCCAGCCCCUUACACCUUCACCAUCGGCUCGGUCGAGGCAUUCGAGACGUUGCUACGCGAGACGCAGGACGAGCUCGGCAUCCCUCCUGCCGAGCGCAUCCCUGUGUCCUACCACGAUGAGGUCUCCACGCUGAGUGCCGCCAUGCACUUCGCGCCGACACUCCUGAUGAUCGGCUUCUUUGUCUGGAUGGCCCGCAGGGGUGGCGCCGGCAUUGGCGGUGGAGGCGGCCCCGGUGGUGGUCUCUUCGGCGUCGGCAAGUCGAGGGCCAAGAUGUUCAACCAGGAGGAGGACGUCGCUGUCCGCUUCCGUGAUGUCGCCGGCAUGGACGAGGCCAAGGAGGAAAUUAUGGAGUUCGUCAAGUUCCUCAAGGAGCCCGCAAAGUACGAGAAGCUCGGUGCCAAGAUCCCUCGCGGUGCCAUCCUCUCGGGUCCUCCCGGUACCGGUAAGACCCUCCUCGCCAAGGCGACUGCCGGUGAGGCCAAGGUGCCCUUCCUGUCCGUCUCGGGUUCCGAGUUUGUGGAGAUGUUUGUUGGUGUCGGUCCCUCGCGUGUGCGCGACCUGUUCGCCACGGCCAAGAAGAACGCCCCUUGCAUCAUCUUCAUUGACGAAAUCGACGCUAUCGGAAAGGCUCGUGGAAAGGGCGGCAACUUUGGUGGCAACGAUGAGCGUGAAUCGACCUUGAACCAGCUUCUCGUUGAGAUGGACGGCUUCGGCACCAAGGAGCACAUUGUCAUUCUCGCCGGCACCAACCGUCCCGACGUCCUCGACCCUGCGCUCAUGCGUCCUGGUCGUUUCGACCGUCACAUUGCCAUUGACCGUCCCGACAUUGGCGGCCGUCGCCAGAUCUUCAAGGUCCACCUUGGCCCCAUUGCCCUCGACCCUGAGCUCACCAUCGACAGCAUCGCCGAGAAGCUUGCCCUGCUUACUCCUGGGUUCUCGGGUGCCGACAUUGCCAACGUCUGUAACGAGGCUGCUCUCCGCGCUGCUCGUCACGGUGGUGACGCCGUGACCGAGGCCGACUUUGACGGUGCCAUUGAGCGUGUCAUUGCCGGUCUGGAGCGCAAGAGCCGUGUCCUCGGCUCUCAGGAGAAGAAGAUUGUCGCCUACCACGAGGCCGGCCACGCCAUCUGCGGCUGGUUCCUGGAGAACGCCGACCCUCUUCUCAAGGUCUCGAUCAUUCCCCGCGGUGUCGGUGCCCUCGGCUACGCCCAGUACCUCCCCAAGGAGCGCUUCCUGCAGUCGACCGAGCAGCUGCUCGACCGCAUGUCCAUGACUCUUGGUGGACGUGUCGCUGAGGAGAUCUUCUUCGGCUCUAUCACCACCGGUGCCCAGGACGACCUGCAAAAGGUGACCAAGUGGGCCUUCGAGGUCUGCGCCAACUACGGCAUGAACCCCGACAUUGGACCCAUCUCGUACGGCAGCUCUGAAAAGCGCCAGGAGGGCUUCCAGAAGCCCUUCUCUGAGGCCACUGCGCAGGCCCUUGACGCGGCGGUCAAGAAGAUGAUUACUCAGGCCCACCAGCGUACGACCGACCUGCUCACCAAGCACAAGGACGACGUCGAGAAGGUCGCCCAGCUGCUGCUCAAGAAGGAGGUGAUCACCCGCGAGGACAUGCGCCACCUGCUCGGCAAGCGACCCUUCGAUGCCGCCGACGAGAUGGACGUGUACAUUGAGCAGCAGCUCGACGAAAAGAAGAAGAUCACCAGGGAAGAGAUCAAGGAGGCGAAGCACGACGAAAAGAAGGGCGGCUCUGGAGGCGGCUCUGAUGGCGCCGAGCCUGCUCUUGCCAUCAAGGGCACCAAGGACUUCUUGUAGAGAGUGUUUUGGUCGGUCGUGUACGAGGAGGGUCGAUAGCUAGUCCGCAUUUGGCAUCACAAUCACUGCAUCAGCAAUAAAAUGUCACACCGUUCACUCUGG